GCAUAUGCAAAUACAAUUUGUACCAAUUCCAAAAUCAAAAGCAAAAUCAUUAAAAAGUACAUUUUUGAAUGCUGCUCAAUUAAAAAAUAUUGAAUUUUGUUUGGGAUUUAUUAAAUGAAGGAUCUCCAUAUUUUUACGUUGAACUUCCCGACGGGACGAAAAUGUUGAGUAGAACAAUGUCUCGUUUUCCGUUACAAUUUGGUCGAGAGGUUCUAGCUUCAAAAGCCUUACUAGACUGUGAGGAUCACAUCGAUUGGCGUAACUGUUCGCUGGAAAAAGACAAAGAAGUUGAGCUUGUAAACAAAUUAAAAAAUGGGUUUAAACCGUUUGAUUUUACUAAUACUGAGGAUUCUGAUGAGGAUGAUUGAAGAUGUUAAAUUAAAAUAUUUUUUGAAGGUUUUUAUUUUAAACUUUUUUAUUUUCAAUUGUUGAUUAUUUUCCUUUAUGUUACCAGGGGUC